AGAAAUCAUAAAACCCUAACAUAAUUAACAUCCAUCAACCAAAAUUAACAUCCAUCAACCAAUAAAAUAUAAAUAUUUAAGCCCUAACAUCAAAUACAACCAAAAUAAAAUUUCAAAGUAAGUGUUCACUCUUUAAUAUCUUCCAAGUUUCAAAUAUUCUAUCGGAUAAUUUAGAGAAUAAGGAUGGCUGGAAGGAGACGAGUCGUCGGGUGGAGGGCGCCGGCGUGAAGAUUGGGGUGGAGGGCGUCGACGUCGGGCUGGACUGUGGAGCACGAUUGGAGGUCGGAAGCGACGGGUGGAGAAAAGAUGGGCGACAGAUGGAAUUUGGAGGUGGAGAAUUUUUGAUUUUGGAGAAGAGGCGGACGGCUGAAGUGGAGAAUUAGGAGAGAAAGAGAAUAAACAGAGUGUAAAAAAAUGCGAAGGCAGCUCGGCGUGGGGCUGCUCACUAAAAUAGCAAAAAAUGGGUGUUUAACAUACUCAUUGCUGCCAAAAUCCGCGUCUCCAUCGCCAUUUCUGAAGCCCGAUUCGAGCCGAUUUCAUCACCAACGCUCUUUCUCGGAGUAUUCCACACUCUCAAAUUCCAAUUUAUGGAAAAUAUGCAGUUCUAAUGGCGCUAGAGGGACGAUCCAAAAUGGGGGUUUUCCGAGCUCCCUCCUCGCAAAAAGGGUUUUUUCAAGCGCCCUUUUGCAGGGGCGAUCGAAAUUUCCUGUUGCGAUGCGUGGCAGAAGAUUAUUCAGCUCGUUUUCACUCGACCACCGCCGCCGCAGGGGUUCAUUUUUCAGAAGAUUUACAGCCGAUGGAGUUGUGCUAGGAUUAAUAGCGACAAAUGUUGCUGUCUUUAUACUUUGGAAGGUUGCAGACAAUUCGUUUAUGGGGAAGAAUUUUAUGAUAUCUGUAGACCACAUUCUAAGUGGCCGGCUCCACACGCUAAUAACCAGUGCUUUCAGCCAUAGAGACGCGAUUCACCUUUUUUCAAAUAUGAUCGGACUCUACUUCUUUGGAACAAGUAUAGCACAAACUUUUGGACCGCAAUAUUUGCUUAAGUUGUAUCUAGCCGGUGCACUUACUGGCUCAAUAUUUUAUUUGGUAUAUCAAGCUUUCAUAGCACCAUCAAUCUACAGGGAUGAUCUGCGAGGUGUUUCCCACUCGAGAGUUCCAGCGCUGGGUGCAAGUGCUGCUACGAGUGCGAUAAUGCUGCUUGAUAUCUUUCUAUAUCCAAAAAGGAUCAUCUUUCUCGAUCUCAUUUUCCCACUUCCUGCUUUUUUAGUGGGGGUCUUUAUCGUUGGCAAGGACAUUUUGAGGGUACUGCAGGGCGACCGAGAAGUUGCCGGAUCUGCUCAUUUAGGUGGAGCGGCAGUGGCUACCGUUGCGUGGCUGCAGAAGAGGAAGGGACGCUUUGGACGAUUCUGAGAUUUCUACCUCAUUAUAGUGAGAUGAGAUGCAUUUUUUUGCCAAUUUUAUGUUCUUUUAGGUUUGUAUUCCUAAAGUUUCUUUUUAGAAUAUUAAACAGAGUAUUUGAUUUGACAUGAUAUGAUUUUUUGCAUGAGCAAGUUCAUUCAAUGAAAGGUGAAUUAAUGUGGUUAA